ACAACCAUAGAAGUGAAAUGAGUUUCCAAAGAAUGCAAUUACUUUUAAUUCUACUAACAAUUUCAUCAACUUCGGCAUUGAUAAGAAAACGCCGAGGGUUGGUGGACCUUUUCAACAUAUCAUCGGAGUACAACUUGGCCCAACUGAUAGAGAUCGUGUAUGGAUUAGCGGAAAACACCGGCACCAGAAUUUACUGUAACGAGACGAAAGUCGUACCCGAGCAGGAGAUCAAGUUUUUAUGCGGGCACAAGGGAUCUCCACUGCUCCAAGACACGAUUUUGAAUGAUCCCAGAUUGGCAAGCAAAAUUGACGUGGACAAGCCGAUCUUUUUCAUUCUUCACGGUUGGACGGACAGCGGAACUAAGAGUUGGGUGCAGGAAUCUGCUAAAAAUGUUAUACAGUUUAUGGAUCAGAACGUUUGCAUUGUAAACUGGGCCCGUUUGGCCUUGUUCGGAUACUCCAUAUCUUCGUUUCAACACGUGCCACUCGUGGCAGAUUACAUGACGAAAUUUGUCGAAUAUAUUCAUGACGAGGGUAUCCCACUGUCUAAAUUUACGCUAGCAGGUCAUAGCUUGGGAGCCCAAAUAGCCGGGCAGGUUGGACAUAAACUCAGGGGACAACUGGGUACGAUCUUUGGACUGGACCCGGCACGAGCGCUCUUCACCGCACCGAUCGAUCGUGGGCUGGCAAUUCGGCUGGACAAAACAGAUGCCAAAUAUGUGCAGAUGAUCCUCACGUCUCGAGGGUUGGGAGGAGUCUUCAAGGGGGAUGGUCACGAGAAUUUCUACCCAAAUGGAGGAUUUUCUCCGCAGCUGAAUUGCGUCAUUCCGAUCAACAGUGACGCAGAAUUUUCCAUCCAGCUUCUGUGCAGCCAUUUACACGCAACGGAAUUGUUCAAAAAUUCAAUUAACCCCAAUAUAGUUUUCAAAGCGCGUCAGUGCAGCGAUUGGAUAAAUUACGUAAGUAAAAAGUGUGAGUCUAGAAAAACGAACAGGCUUGGUCCGUACAGUGAUCGCAUUGGAGGGGAUUUUUAUCUCAGAACUUCGGCGGUUGCCCCGUAUAAUGUUUGAGAAUGAUGACAAUGUUGCCGAGUAAAAUGUGUCCAAGCUAUAAUUAAAUGAAAAACAAAUAUUGUAGUUUCUCUAGAAGUCUUA